GAACAACGUCCACGGUUCACUCCUGAUCAUCCCCUUCUCCUGUGGGCCAGCGCAGGGAAAUGGCUGGAGCAGAGCCUGCUCAGGGACCGGUGACCUUCAAGGAAGUGGCUUUGUAUUUCACUGACUCCAGUCAGAGGGCCCUCUACAGGGACGCCAUGCAGGAGAACUAUGCGAACAGGACCUCACAGGGAUCUCCGAUUCCCAAACCCAACGCUGUCUCCCGGCGGCAACAAGAGGAAGAGCCGUGGGUCCCGGAUCUCCAAGGCUCUGGGGAAAGGGAGAACCCGAGAGGAGACUGCCCAGUGCAGGGAAUUGACUCCUGUUCAGAUCAUCCCACUCGCCUCAGGGAAAUAUUCAGGACCCGCAAAGACUCCCUGUUGCGCAAGGGCCCGCGCCCCAGGGAGAGACUGAACACGUGCAAAGACUGCGGGAAGAGCUUCCGUCAGCGGUCCAACCUCCUGGCGCAUCAGAGGACCCACGGGGGAAAGAGACCCCACCCAUGCGCUGACUGUGGCAAAACCUUCGGUGCCUUCUCCAACCUCCUGCGGCACCAGCGUGGGCACGCCGGCGAGAAGCCCUACAAAUGCCCCGACUGCGGGAAAGGCUUCGGGCACAGCUCGGCCUUGGUCACCCACCGGCGGAUCCAUACCGGAGAGAAACCCUAUGCCUGCGGGGACUGCGGGAAGCGCUUCAACGUGGUCUCUAACCUGGUGCGUCACCAGCGGAGCCACACGGGCGAAAAGCCCUACAAGUGCCCCGACUGCGGGCGGCGCUGCAGCCAGCGCUCCCACCUGGUCACCCACCGGCGGCUGCACACCGGCGAGCGUCCCUAUGUCUGCCUGGAGUGCGGGAAGUGCUUCAAUGUCAGCUCGGAUCUCAUCAAGCACCGGCGCAUCCACACCGGGGAGCGGCCCUACGCCUGCAGCGACUGCGGGAAAUGCUUCAGCGGCAGCUCCAACCUGCUGACCCACCAGCGGCUGCACACGGGCGAGCGGCCCUACAAGUGCCCCGACUGCGGGAAAGGCUUCACCAUCAGCUCCAAGCUGAUUGCCCACCAGCGCACCCACACCGGCGAGCGGCCCUACAGCUGCGCCGACUGUGGGAAGGGCUUCAGCGACCGGCCCCACCUGGCCCGGCACCAGAGUGCCUCCCGGCGCGAAAAGCGCUACAAGUGCUCCGACUGCGGGAAGGGCUUCACCACCAGCUCCUACCUCCUCACCCACCAGCGCAGCCACACCGGGGAGACCCCCUUCAUCUGCGGCGACUGCGGGAAGAGCUUCGCCGUGGUCUCCAACUUGGUGCGGCACCGGCGCAUCCACACGGGAGAGAAGCCCUUCCGGUGCGGUGAGUGCGGGCGGCAGUACAGCCAGCGAGCCCACCUCACCACCCACCAGAGGGUGCACACCGGGGAGCGGCCCUACGUCUGCCUGGACUGCGGGAAAGGCUUCAACGUCAACUCCUCCCUCACCAAGCACCGCAGGACCCACACCGGAGAGAAACCCUACGUCUGCCCCGACUGCGGGAAACGCUUCAGCCAGAGCUCCAAUGUCAUCACCCACCGCAGGCUGCAUCACGGGGGCCACGGUGCCCUUGGUCCCGUGGCUAGGGCCAGCCAGCGGGAGUGAUCCCCCGCCAGCCUCUCUGGGGCCAGGACAUGGCAGCAGCUGACCCAUGGGCUUUGUGAGACAGAGCCUUUUGCUGCCGCUGCUGCAGAUCCAGCUGUCUGGAGACCCCGCGCCUCCUGCUGAUCUGAUGGGGAGUCUGGAGAGAGAGA